AUGGUUCAAGAUCAUGAUUGCAAGGAGAUACCUCCCAUAGGUAGAGAUGAAGAAAACACAACGAAGUGUACUAUGGAUAAUGAAUUUAAAGAGGUCGACGAAUAUGAACAAUCUUCAAGUACCAAAACUCAUGAACCACAUGUCCCCCUUAUGAGAGGUGUUCAGCUCAUAGAAAAUGUUAAGACAGCCAUGGAUGAUUCAAAGAGAGGCAAUAUUGUAAAAGCUGUUUAUGGUACUUCUAUCCUUGUUUGUGCUUGGGCAGCCUCAUUAGACGCAUCUACUACUAACAGUUUACAGCCUUUAGCAACAUCUUCUUUUGGGGCUCAUUCAAGUUUGGCGACUAUAAAUAUUGCAAAUGGUAUCAUUGGUGCAGUAAGUAAUCCUAUAUUAGCGAAGUUUGCUGAUUUGAUUUCAAGAACUUUUAUUUACAUCAUUUCUGUGUUUUUUUAUACAGUUGGUUAUAUUAUUGCAGCUUCAAGUCAAACUGCUACCGCAUUUAUUGUUGGGCUAGGGAUAGCUACUGUAGGUAAAACUGGCGUGGAUUUCGUGAACACUCUUAUUGUGAUUGAUUUCACACCUUUAAAAUGGAGAGGAUUUGUCACGUCAAUUUUAGCAACACCUUUUAUCAUAAAUUGUUGGUUUGCAGGUCUAAUUGUUGGCGAUUUACGGGUAGCUAAUUGGAAAUGGGGUUACGGCAUGUUUGCUAUAAUAAUUCCAGUUGUAUUGCUACCUGCAAUAGCCCUAAUGACUUAUUUUGACAAGACAGUUACACUCGCUGAUAGUUUUUCAGCUGGUAAAUCUAAGACAAAGAAAGAAGAGCUCUAUAAUAUCGUAUCUAUAAUCAAGCAAGGAUUGAUAGAAGUGGAUGCAUUUGGUUUAUUGUUACUAGGAUUUGGAUUCGCAUUAUUAUUAUUACCAUUCUCUCUAGCUGGCUCAGCUGACAACGGUUGGAGAAACCCAAGUUUAAUUGCCAUGAUUAUUGUUGGUGGAUUGUUGGUGAUAGCGUUUUUUGUUUACGAAAUAUACUAUGCACCAUUUCCGGCAAUGCCAAAAAGAAUAUUGAAUGUGACAUUGGUAAUGUCAAUUAUCAUAGACUUUUUCUAUUACUUUGCUGGGUAUAUAGGGUUGCUUUAUUUUUCAUCCUACGUUUUUGUUGUCAAAGAUUGGAAUUAUACAAACUGGACCUACUUUAAUAAUACUCUUACUCUAGCGUUAUGUAUAUUCGGCGUUAUUGCGGGUAUUUUAUUCAGAGUCACCCGUAGAUAUAAAAUUUGGCAAUUGCUAGGUCUCGCAAUGAGGAUUAUCUCUUAUGGGAUUUUGAUACUGGGUAAAGGUUCUACUAUAGUCACUGGCGCAUUGAUUGCUCAUCCGAUAUUGGCAGGUGGGGGUGGUGGUCUUUCUGUUGUUGCCUCCGGUGUUGCACUCCAAGCAUCUGUGGAGCAUUCUCAAGUUGCUUUGGCAAUUGCCAUGCUAAGCCUUUGGACUCGCAUUGGUGGUUCAAUAGGAGAAGCCAUUACUAGUGCUAUAUGGAACGCUAAAAUGCCUGCUAGUUUAAGAAAACAUUUAUCUUCAUCUGUUUCCGACGCACAGGUUGCUGAAUUUUUUGGAGAUAUUACAUUACUCCAUGAAUACCCAAUUAAAAGUGAAAUUAGACAAGGGGCUAUUGCAGCCUACCAAGAAGUAAAUUACUAUUUCUUUUGUAUUGCUCUAGGAUUGUCUUUCAUCCCAUUUAUCUGUGCGUUUUUUCAGACUAAUUACUUCCUCAAUGACAAGCAAAAUGCAGUAGAUCAAGAUGUACAUGAUGAAAAAGACAUAACAAAAGGUGCUCCGAAAAAUUGGAAAGAUAAGUUUGCAAGAUGCUUCUGA